AUGGAAUCUUGCUCUGAUGAUGUUUGUCAUAGUACAGACGAAAGCUUAGUACAGUUUCAUCGGAGUCGUAGGACGGUGAGCCAAGCACUUCUUCGCACAAUUCAACAUUCUUCCCUACGCGGCAAUCCUCCUUCGGCUUCCGAUUUCCGUCAUAUGAUUCACCGGGGUCGCACGGCGGAGCCCCGAGGAUCUAUUCGUACAAUUCUACAACCACAGCUCCAAAGCAACCCCCCACAGUCUCCGGUGCAGCCAACUUACGAUUCCCCUCCACUCGCCUCUUCAAACGAAAUGAAAGUUACUCCAACAUUCGUGAAUUGGCUUACCGGAAACCAAAAGGAGAAUUGCUUUGGAGCGAAGCAUGCUGAAAAUGUUAAGAUGUCCUCGGCUCACCGCACUGUGACUUCGAUGAAUCUGUGCUGA